AUGGGCGGACAUCAGUGCAAACAGAAUGGUGUUUAUUAUGAUGAUCGUUGCGUGAAUAAAAAAGUUUCGACAAAAAUUAGGGCGUGCAGAACUUUACCAAAGUUAUUACAAAUGUUUUCGUCCAGAUCAUGGAAACCAUCUGAAGAUCGCUACAAUUCCGCAUCAGCUCUGUUCAAAGAUUUUUGCAAUCGUACAAGUUCUCAUGGCAUACCAUUGAUUGGAUCGCCAUCAUUUUUCAAUCGUGCUGUUUGGACUCUAAUAACUCUUUUGUGCUUUAUUUUAUUUUUAUAUCAAACAUAUUGGACGCUUUCUGAAUUUUUCCAGUAUCGAACAAUUAUCGAAAUGCAACUCAAAUUCGAACCAGCACCCUUUCCUGCUGCCACAGUAUGCAAUUUGAAUGCUUUCAAAAAUAGUAAAUUACGACAAUAUCGCGAAAUAUCGGAAGGACUUGACGUUUGGGAGGAACAAAUAAAUCGAAUUAAAGAACCUUUCGAUGAAAGGCUCGUAAUUCGAAAACGACGACAAGUUAGUUAUGCACCCAUUUUUGUUCGAUGCAACUGUAUUGAGCAGGAAGAUCACUGCGUUCCACAAAGGAAUCCUCUCUAUGUGAAUGCAACUGUUUGCAUAUGUUUCGAGGAUCUUAACACGGGCAAUAUUUGGCCUUGUUAUCCAACUAUGGUAUGGGCUGAAAAGAAGUGCUAUCAUUGUUCCAUGUCAAAUACAUGUGAUGAUCCAGAUCGACUUAAUGCAUCUUCUAUACAAACUUCAUCAAAUGCUUGGAAAUGUUUAUGCCAAUCAGUUUCUCAUAGCUGUGUCGUGAUGCCAAAAGAAGAGAUUAGGUGGUGGAAUCCUAAUAAAUAUUCUGUCAUUAUGCAGUCUUCUACGUCAUCACCAGAACUUGUUGAAAAAUUUGGCAUGAAGGACCGGAAAGAUCCGAUUGCUAUAACUGCGAGGGCCAAAGAAACUCUUAUUUUUAUGAUUGCUGCGUUACCGAAAGAGGAAAGAAAGAAUCUUUCAUAUACUUUGGAUGAAUUCGUCCUACGCUGUUCUUUUAAUAGUGAGGACUGCAACAAUGAACGUGAUUUCAAAUUACAUAUGGAUCCUGAAUAUGGAAACUGCUAUACAUUUAAUUUCAAUGAUUCUGUCGAACUAAAAAACAGUCGUGCUGGACCAAUGUAUGGCUUGCGGUUGUUACUGAACGUUAACCAAAGUGAUUAUUUGCCGACAACUGAAGCUGCUGGAGUACGUCUUGUCGUCCAUGAGCAGCAUCAAGAACCCUUCCCAGAUACAUUUGGUUAUAGUGCCCCAACUGGAUUUGUUUCCUCAUUUGGCUUGAAAACGAAGAUUCUUCAUCGACUUGAUGCUCCAUAUGGGUCGUGCAGUGAUUCGUUCAGACCUGAAAAAUAUAUUUACGAGGAACAUUAUUCGCCAGAGGGAUGCCAUCGAAAUUGUUUUCAACAUAACGUUAUUGAAAAAUGUGGUUGUGGUGAUCCACGUUUUCCAUUACCUUCAGAUGACCAACAUUCAUGUGAUAUUCGAAAUGCAUCCGAAAGAAGUUGUCUGCGAACAUUUACGGCGCUGACAAGUGGAUUUCAUCACUUGCAAGAGAAAUGUAAUUGUGUCCAACCAUGCACAGAAAAUGUCUUUGAAACGGCAUAUUCAGCUUCAGCUUGGCCUGCAUCGAAUUUUAAAAUUGGUGUUGCUUGUCCUGCAUUUGAUGAUAUCACAAAUGAUUCGAUAAAAUGCACAGAAUUUUAUAGGUUAAAUACAGCAUAUAUUGAAAUUUAUUAUGAGCAAUUAAAUUUUGAAAUGUUGCGAGAAACCGCUGGUUAUUCGAUAGUUAAUUUGUUUUCCGAUUUCGGUGGAAACAUUGGACUCUGGAUUGGAUUUUCCAUUAUAACAAUGAUGGAAAUAGUAGAAUUCAUUUGUGAACUGUUAUAUUAUGUGGUUUAUAAACGACCAGUGAGAAACGCAAAGAAAAAACGUAGAAAGGAAGAGAAUCAACUUAUGAAGCCACAGAUUUAUCGCCAAGCUGAUGUAAGCUCAUCAAGCUCAAAAAUCGAGCGAUCAGCUACAACUGACACAAUUCUAGAUUAUGAUGAUAGUAUCUUUUGA